AUGUCGCCAAAUGAAGCCACCAACAAUAUGGCAGCCUACAAAUUCUGGAAAACCCAACCAGUGCCUAAAUUUGACGGCAAAGACGACAUCCAACAGGGACCUAUCAAAAUCAUCGAUCCAGAUGAAACGCCUAAGGAUCCUUACCCACUGCUAGAUGGCUUCGAGUGGGUGACUCUGGAUUUGACAGAGGACAAUAACGUUGUAGAGUUGUAUAAUUUAUUAUCAACGCACUACGUUGAGGAUGGCGAGGGCGAGUUUCGGCUGAAUUACUCACCAGCAUUCCUCAGAUGGGCCCUGACCUCUCCCGGUUGGCAAAAGGAAUGGCAUGUUGGAGUUCGCGCGUCCAAGUCUAAGAAACUGACGGCGUUCAUCAGUGGUGUGCCUACCAAGAUUCGUGCCCAUGACCAGACGGUCCAGGUAGUAGAAAUCAACUUCCUCUGUAUUCACAAGAAACUGCGUUCCAAGCGUCUGGCACCACUCUUGAUCAAGGAGAUUACCCGCCGUUGUUAUCUCAAGGGUAUCUAUCAAGCUGUAUACACCGCAGCAGUGGUCCUGCCAACCCCUAUUGCUUCAUACCGAUAUUUCCAUCGUCCCUUAAACUGGCUGAAGCUAUAUGAAGCUGGGUUCGCUUUCCUACCUUUGAAUUCUACCACAGGCCGUCAGGUAGCAAAAUAUCAUCUUCCAAGAAAUACAUCGAUACCCGGCCUGCGAGCUCUGCGAGAAAGCGAUCUUGAUGCACUUCAACAUCUGUUGGAGCAGUACUUAGCACGGUUUGAUGUUAGUCCGAAAUUUACAAAAGACGAGAUCAGACAUUGGCUGUUCCAUGAGGAGAAGAAGGGAGUGGAGCAGGUUGUCUGGUCAUAUGUUGUUGAGGAUGCACAGACACAGAAACUCACCGAUUUCUUUUCUUUCUACUCCUUGGAAUCGUCUGUGACUUCACAUUCGAAGCACGACAAGAUCCGGACUGCAUACCUUUACUAUUAUGCAUCGGCGUUCUCAUCUACCGAAGAUGGCCUGGAGGCCCGCUUAGAGAUUCUCAUCAACGACGCACUCAUCGUAGCGAAGAAGGCGGAUUUCGACGUUUUCAAUGCCCUCAAUCUCCAAGAUAACGCCCUCUUCCUGGAAAAGCUCCGUUUUAUGAAUGGAAGCGGUGAGCUUAAUUACUACCUGUUUAACUACCGCAUGCCUCCAGUGCGCGACGCUCAGGAGAAGAAUCUCCCGUUAAUGGGGAGGCGAGGGGGGGUAGGCAUAGUUCUUGUUUGA